AUGAAUGCUGCUGUCCGUGCUGUGACUCGCAUGGGAAUUUACGUCGGAGCAAAAGUUUUCCUGAUCUAUGAGGGCUAUGAGGGGCUGGUGGAAGGAGGAGAGAACAUCAAACAAGCAAAUUGGCUGAGCGUCUCAAACAUCAUUCAGCUGGGAGGCACGAUCAUUGGCAGUGCCCGCUGCAAGGCUUUCACCACGCGAGAGGGGCGCCUCCGGGCUGCUUACAACCUGGUGCAGCAUGGGAUCACCAACUUGUGUGUCAUUGGGGGAGACGGCAGUCUGACUGGGGCCAACAUCUUCCGGACGGAGUGGGGAAGCCUGCUGGAGGACCUGGUUAAAGAUGGUCAAAUCACUGAGCACGUGGCUCAGAAGUAUUGUCAGCUAAACAUUGUUGGCCUGGUGGGCUCCAUUGACAAUGACUUCUGUGGCACAGACAUGACAAUCGGCACAGACUCGGCACUACACCGCAUCAUGGAGGUGAUUGAUGCUAUCACUACCACAGCCCAGAGCCACCAGAGAACGUUUGUGUUGGAGGUGAUGGGAAGGCACUGUGGCUACCUUGCCUUGGUGUCUGCCUUGGCCUCAGGCGCUGACUGGCUUUUCAUCCCUGAGUCCCCUCCUGAGGAUGGCUGGGAGGACCUCAUGUGUGAAAGACUUGGGGAGACACGCAGCCGAGGCUCCCGCCUCAACAUCAUCAUCAUUGCUGAAGGUGCCAUCGAUAGGAAUGGCAAGUCCAUCUCUUCCAACUAUGUGAAAGAUCUAGUUGUCCAGCGCCUAGGCUUUGACACACGUGUCACCGUCCUUGGCCAUGUUCAGCGUGGUGGGACCCCGUCAGCAUUUGACCGUGUCCUGAGCAGCAAAAUGGGGAUGGAAGCUGUCAUGGCGCUGGUGGAGGCGACGCCUGACACCCCUGCCUGUGUGGUGAGUCUUUCUGGGAACCAAUCUGUCCGGCUGCCCCUCAUGGAGUGUGUUCAAGUGACAAAAGAUGUUCAGAAAGCAAUGGAUGAGAAGCGGUUUGAAGAAGCAAUCCAGCUCCGGGGCAGGAGCUUUGAAAAUAACUGGAACAUUUACAAGCUCCUAGCGCACCAGAAGCCAGCCCAGCAGAAGAGCCCGUUCACCCUGGCGAUCCUAAAUGUGGGUGCCCCAGCAGCUGGGAUGAAUGCUGCUGUCAGGUCAGCAGUGCGCAUAGGCAUUUGCAAGGGGCACACGGUUUAUGUGGUGAAUGACGGCUUCGAAGGCUUGGCCAAUGGGCAGAUCCACGAGGUGGGCUGGCACGACGUGGCGGGCUGGCUGGGACGUGGCGGCUCCAUGCUGGGAACCAAGCGAACUCUUCCGAAGACAUGCAUGGAGAAGAUUGUGGAAACUGUGCGGAAGUUUAACAUCCAGAGCCUGCUGGUCAUUGGAGGAUUUGAGGCCUAUGAGGGGGUGCUGCAGCUGGUGGAGGCACGGGGGCAGUAUGAGGAGCUUUGCAUCAUCAUGUGUGUCAUCCCAGCCACCAUCAGUAACAACGUGCCUGGGACUGACUUCAGCCUGGGCUCUGAUACGGCCGUUAAUGCUGCUAUGGAGAGCUGUGACCGCAUCAAGCAAUCCGCCUCCGGUACAAAGCGCCGUGUGUUCAUCGUGGAGACCAUGGGGGGUUACUGCGGGUACCUGUCUACCGUGACUGGCAUUGCCGUGGGAGCAGAUGCUGCCUACGUAUAUGAGGAGCCCUUCACCAUUCAUGACCUAAAGGCCAAUGUUGAGCACUUGACUGACAAAAUGAAGACUGAUAUUCAGAGAGGCCUGGUGCUCCGCAACGAGAAGUGCCACGAGCACUACACUACUGAGUUCCUCUACAACCUGUACUCUUCCGAAGGCAAAGGGAUCUUCGACUGCAGGAUCAAUGUCCUUGGGCACCUGCAGCAGGGAGGUGCCCCCACCCCUUUUGACCGGAACUACAGCACCAAGCUGGGGGUGAAGGCAGUGCUGUGGAUGUCAGAAAAGCUGCAAGAAGCCUAUCGCAAGGGACGCAUAUUUGCCAACGCCGGGGACACCGCUUGCGUGAUUGGGCUCAGGAAGAAGGCGGUGGCCUUCAGCCCUGUAACGGAGCUCAAGAAGGUCACUGACUUCGAGCCCCGCCUGCCACAGGAGCAGUGGUGGCUGAACCUGCGCCUGAUGCUGAAGAUGCUGGCCAACUACCAGAUCAGCCUGACCGAGUAUAUCUCUGGGAAGAUGGAGCACGUCACCCGGCGCACCCUCAGCAUUGAGAAGGGGUUCUAGAGCUGCCCACCCAGCCAUGAGAGCUGUGUAGUGCCCCCUUCCCCUAGCCCCUCCAAUGCCGAGUGCAAUGCUAGCUGAAUGCCAGUCCCUGGGUACCACAAGUGGGGGCUUCUGGAUGCUCAAGCCAAGCCUGGUGCCACCGUGAGCCAGUGGUGGCAGUGACAGAUUUCCUGGGUCCAGGGAAAUUUCAGCCCUCUUCCAAGAGGAGCUGACAUUCCCCUCUUGUUCAUGCUGCCUGUGGGAUGGCUCCAUGACCUGUCCCUUCCCCUAGUAACUGCUGGGAACCUGGGCUCAAGGGAUAGCUGCCUGCCAACCAAGUCCUGUGUUUUCAGUGACUUGUGAUAUGGGGCCUGGCUGAAGGUGCCUUGGAAGGGCCUGAUUCUCAGACAGCUCAGAGGAGCCAUGUUCUGUUGCAAAGCAGGCCCCUUUUGGGUGUCUCCAGCUCCAAUUCCAGAAUCACAGGUCCCAUCGGAGUUGCAGGGAGGUUGGGGAGUGGUUCUCUUGGUCCCAUCUGGGCAGGGCAGAGCCUCUGUCUCACACCCUAUCAUUUUAUUCUUCCUAUUUAAUGGUUUCAGUGCCUGGAUUCAGUAUCUAGCGACACAGUUAUGUGGACAAAUGUCCUGAUUUUAGUUCCUUUGCCCCCAGUGAACUUGAAGCAUAGAAAGAUGCAGAGUUGAGGACAGGGUGCUGGUAGGGGCAUUUCCCAGGGGCUCGCUACUGCCACCACUUGAUCACUCAAUAAAGUUUCCUUCUGUUCUUCCCAAUGUGGCAUGCACGUGUCACAUGCAUGUUGCCUCCCAGCCCCUCUUCUGCUGGGACACUGCCAAACUGCAUCACCCAGGAUGCUGGGAUAACGAGCACUACCCCCUAGAACAGCAUCCAGGAAGCCCUUGGGAGAUGCACUUGGCUUCGCUUGCUGCCUGCAUGCUUGAGGUGGCCUCUUGUUUUGGCCCUUUGCACAAACGGAGGGGCCUGGCUCCAUCCAGCCGCUUGCAGAUGUUGUUUCUCCUGAGCCACCAAAGUGGCACGACCGCUCUUGUCUUCGUGUAGUCACUGCUGCCGCGUCUGCAAGCUGGCAACCCCUAUGUCUCAGCAAAACCGUAGCUGGUUGUGCCGUGUCCAAGUGCUCUGUGAAAUCUGUGUCUUGUACUGUCUGUGGCACUGCUCCUGUCUCCUAGAGAUAAAACCCGCUGAACCCAAAUCCGUGUCUCUGGGAAAUGGUGAUUGCGCCCUUUGCUUGAGAGGCAAGGCAUCUGCCCACACAGGCCAGGGGCAGCUGUCAGGGCAGGGGCUGAGUGCCAUGCUGGUAACUGACUUUUCCAUGUUGAUGAAGGGGGGAGGAGGGGACAAGAAGAACUGGGUGUCAUUGAGGUGAGCAAGCUACUUCAGGAGAAUGCCUAGAAAGUAGUGAAGUAUAAAUCCCAGGCAAAGGUGUGCAACUUGGAUAAGGCUCAGUGCUGCAGCCAGAGGCUGGGAGACCACACUGCCCCUCACCUCACCUCUGGCAGCUGCUUGUCCCUAUCCAUCCACUUUAAGUCCCUUUUGCAGCACUCCCUGAGUUCAGGGGGAAGGGGGAUGCUGCCCCAGCUGUUGUGGCAGGAGGGGAGAAAUGAGAUCUGCCAGGCAAAUGUAGCUGGGGCAGAAAAGAACACAAGGCCUCAUGGUGAUGGGGAGGAAGACCUCCAGGCCUGAGUACAGGGACAGCUACAGCCUCCUAGGAGCAACCAAGCUAACACCUGGAGCACAGGGUGAGGUCAGUGAAAUUCACGCAGGAGGCAAUGAGAAAUAGCAGCUAGUUGCUGCAGCUUCAGCUGUGGAGUGGAAGGGGGGAAGUUCAAGGAUGUGACCCUAAAAAUAUAUGACUGUCUCACCUGGUCUAGAGGGAGAGAAAUUAUGGAGGGCAGUGCCAGGCCUCCUUGGAGAUGUAAGAUGGGAUUAAGUGAGUACGGAGGCUGUACAUGCCUACACUCAGUGUUUUGGAAACCCAGUGACGUCCCAUGGGAAGUGGUGCUGCCAUCUCACCCAGGCAUGGACUUCACACUGUUUUCUAGCUUGUGCGAUUCUGUGGGUAGGGAGCAGCUGGAGCUACUAUCAGAGAAGAAAGCAAUGCUUGGGUUCCCCUAGCUUGGAACAAGCCCAGCUGCAGAAGCAAAGCUCCUGCUUGCCUUGCACCCCCUGGUAGUGAAAUAAAACGGAGAAGAAACCCCCAAGACCUGAUGCUGAUGCAGGAG